GAAAGGGGCGUGGCCAUGCUGCGGUGCGGACGCGUGUUGGGGCAAAGGGCGGCGGGGGGGGGGAGACCCCCAUGGGGGGGACACGGGGGGACCCCCCGACAAGAGGGGUGUCCGAGCAGAGCCCUCCGCACUGCGGCACCGCGCGGAGCCGACUUCUUCCGCGAGCUGGGGCAGACCCUGGGGCGCAUGGGGCAGACCCUGAGGGAUCAGGUGCCGGCGGCGGGGAGCGCCUGGGGGGGCUGGCUGCCCCCGGGGAUCCACCCCGACCCCCGGCCCCCCGACGAGGCCGAUGUGGUGGUGGUGGGGGGCGGCGUGGUGGGCUGGUCCGUGGCCUACUGGCUGAAGGUGCUGGAGGGCCGGUUCCGGCGGCACGGGAUGAAGGUGCUGGUGGUGGAGCGGGACCCCACGUAUUCCAGAGCCUCCACAGUGCUGUCGGUGGGGGGGAUCCGGCAGCAGUUUUCCCUCCCGGAGAACAUCCAGAUGUCCCGGUUCUCCGCCAGCUUCCUGCGUGACAUCAAUGAGCACCUCGGGGUUCCCAACGAGCCCCCCAUCGACAUCCAGUUCCAGCCCUCGGGAUACCUGUUCCUGGCCUCCCCAGAGGAUGCUGCCAAGCUGGAGGCCACUGUCCAGCUCCAGAGGGAUGAAGGGGCGCAGGUAGCCCUGCUGUCCCCCACCCAGCUGAAGGAGAAAUUCCCCUGGAUAAACACGGAGGACGUGGCUGUGGCAUCCUAUGGCCUGGAGGAUGAAGGCUGGUUCGACCCCUGGACCCUCCUCAACGCUUUCCGGCGCAAAGCCACGUCCCUGGGGGUCCACAACUGCCGCGGGGAGGUGCGAGCUUUUGUCACCACAGCCGAUGACCCAACCCCGUCGUCGGCAGCAGAGUCUGCGCGCAUUAAAUACGUGCACAUCUACAUGCCAGACAGCCUGGAGUACCAGCCUGUCGCCUGCUCCAUCGUGGUCAACGCUGCAGGCGCCUGGGCCGGGAAGCUGCUGGAGGCUGAUGGGCUCCCCAGGAAGCUGUGCCAGCCCCCCCUGCCCAUCCAGCCCAGGAAGAGGUACGUGUUCUGCUGGCACUGCCCGGAUGGCCCUGGGCUCUCCUGCCCCUUCCUCGUGGACACCUCGGGUGCUUAUUUCCGCCGGGAAGGGAUCGCUGGGAACUACCUGGGCGGGAUGAGCCCCCCCGAGGAGGAAGAGCCGGAUCCCAGCGACCUCUCGGUGGACCACGACUACUUCCAGGAGCAGCUGUGGCCCCGGCUGGCCCGGAGGGUGCCGUCCUUCGAGUCCCUGCGGGUGCGGGGGUCCUGGGCCGGCUACUACGACUACAACACCUUCGACCAUAACGGGGUGCUGGGCCCGCACCCCCGGCUGGAGAACAUGUUCCUGGCCGCGGGCUUCAGCGGGCACGGCCUCCAGCACUCUCCCGCCGCCGGCAGGGCCGUGGCCGAGCUGGUGAUCCAGGGCCGCUUCGAGAGCCUGGACCUGCGGCGCCUGGGCUGGGCCCGGCUGGAGGACGGGGAGCCCCUGCGGGAGGCCGGCGUGGUCUGAUGGGGGCGGGGAGGGGGGACACUGAGGUGCGGCCCUGGCACCCCCUCCCCCGGCUGGAUGAGUGUCCUGGAGGAAUAAAAGGGGCAGGUGAUCAGUUAA